CUGGCAACUCCGAAUACAAAGAUCGAAGCACACUGUUUCUUUAAAACCCACUGCCGUUUUCUUCUUAUCCUAACUGCUAAGUCCAAGAGUCCCUUGACCGCUCAUCCCUGGUAGACACCUUUCAGCAGCACACUGCCCUGGUUGAUCGUGCCAUUGAAUCAACCCUCCCGCAGAAGCCAUGGGUUCCAUCACUUCUCCCCCCCAAUCCAUGCUCAGCUCCCUAACAGCGACCGUCUUCGAGUCGGCCACAACGCUGGACACGCUGCUGGCCCAGAAGCAGCUCCCUAGACCCACCUUCUCCGCGCGCCCGGGCUCCCGCCAGAACUGGGCGGACGCACAGCCACACCCCGACGUCCUGGACGCCCGCUCGCGCCUGAUCGACGCGGCGCAGGCGCUGGUCGAUCUCGCGCUCGGGCCCGCGGACGUGCUAGCCGCCUACGUGGGGGACCGGGUGUGCGAGAUUGACGUGCUGAGGACGAUGGACGCGCUCGGGGUCGCGCAGGCGGUUCCUCUGCCCGGCGGCGGUGUCAAUAACAAUGGCAACAGCGACAAGCAGCCAGACUCAGAAGAAGGAGAAGAAGGAGAAGAUGAAGAUGAAGACGAAGGGAUCAGCAUCCCGGACCUCGCAGAGAAACUGGGCGUGCGCAACGUGCUGUCCUUCGAGAAGCAGCUCCGGUUCGCGUUCCUGAUGGGCCUAUUCCGGCUGACCCCCAAGAGCAAGAAGGUGGCACACACGGGACUGAGCGCGGCGCUGCUGGACGAGAGCAACAGCCCCUACGUGAGCCUCCGGCUGGGCCGCAUCUUCAGCCAGGGGGCGCACGAGGUCGCAGGGGCCCUCCGGCACGGCAGCGGCAGCAGCGAGGAAGACCCGGAGAGCAUCCCGUGCGCCCGGGCCGACCCCCGCGGGCGACCCGGCCGGCCGGCGUUUGUGCAGCUCCGGGCCGAGCCGGACGGGAUGGGGAUGGACCGGUACAGCACGGGCAUGAUCGGCCUGUACAACCACCACGCGGGGUUCUCGUACCUGCCGUUCCUGCACGGGUUCCGCCGGGCCGAGACGCUCCGGGCGGGGGACACGGUCGUCGACGUCGGCGGAGGCAACGGGCACGUCGAGGCCGAGAUCCUGCCCCUGGUGCCCGCCGGGGUCGACUUCAUCAUCCAGGACCACGCGUCGAACCAGGCCGGCGCCGAGCAGAUGAUUGCGGCCGUCGCCAGGAGGUACAAGGACAACACCGAGAAGAGCCUGCCUUCUUCUUCUUCGAGGCUGCAGUUCCUGGCCCACGACUUCUUCACGCCGCAGCCCGUGCCGCUGCCGCAGGGCCGCGUCCCGAAGGUCUACAUGCUGCUGCGGGUGCUCCAGGACUGGGACGACGCCGACUGCGCGCGCAUCCUGCGGCCCCUCGUGCCCGCCAUGGAGCGCCACGGGACCAGGCUGUGGAUCAUGAACUGCGUGCUGCCCGACGAGGAGGGCACGAUGCCCCGCCACCGCGAGCGCAUGCUGCGCAACCUCGACCUCGUCGUGUACACGCUCUCGGGCGGCGGCGAGCGCAGCGCCAGCCACAUGGAGCGCAUGCUCAGGAACGCCGACCCCCGCCUGACUAUCGACCGCUCGUGUCGGCCGCCAAACUGCCUGUUCUCGUUUGUCGAGGUGUCUCUGAGGCAGUGA